AUGCUAAAAACAAUCCUAAGCCUUUCAGAACACACAUCUAUUUUGAAGAGCUGCUCCCAAGCCCAUUUUGUGAUCCUAAAACUACAUUUGGGGAUUUUCAGUAAGACUCAACAAUGGGUAGAGCGACUACUGUGAUUCUUUGGUUGAUGCUGACUCUGGGAGUAGUCACAGCUCAAAUAGAUAAGGUGGAGCGGGCACUGCCCCAGUGGCUGACAGGCAUCAUAGCUGUGGCCGCGUUUCUCUUCCUCAUCUUCGUGGCGUUUCUGGUCAACAAGGCCUGGUGUCAGGACUCAAGGCUGGAGACCAAAGUAUGUGAGUGUGGGAAGAACACUGGCUAUGCCAAGACCAAUGGAGACAACUAUGAUACCAGCCUGGAUAUGGUCAGGAGCAGAGAUCACAAGGGUGCAUAUGAGAACACGGCCCUUGAAGGCAUGGAGGACAAAGUCACUGUCAUGUGACCAAUAAGAACCAAUACAAGCCACCAAUGCGUGGUUUGUCGUGGACACACACACAUCGUUUCAGAGAGACAUACAAAGACAAUUUAUCAAUAGCACUGCAAGCAAGUAGCAAAACAAUUCAAGAUGAGUAGAAAUCAAUUUAAGUGUAGAAUUUUAAAGUGUAGAAUAUUUGAUAAUUAUGUCAAACUAUUACUGAUUUAUAAAAAAUUUAAUAACAUAAAGCCCAUAUGGGCCUAAAGUGUGACUUCAGUCUUAAUAUACAGACCUAAAAAAUAAAAUGAAAAAUUCUCAUAACAA